AUGGCUGAUACGACUAAUCCAACCGGUCCUACUGGAUCCGCAACAGCUCAGAAUGUCGCUACCGAAGUAGGCAUUAUCAGGCAACCUUGCCUUUCCCCUACUCCUAGCGAGUCUCCUGGACGAAGAGAAGAGACCAGUGACCCUAAUCCUGAUCCGAAUCAAAGAGGUCAUACUCCUAAUACCACUGGUAGAAGAGAUAGUGUUAAUAGCAGAGAAUCUACCGGCCUAGAGAUUAUAACCAAGACUCAUGCAAACAACCCUACCAACGACGAGGUUUUCCAUUGGCUUCCGAUCGAGGAGAGAUUCGAGAGGUACUACUACCGCAUGGCAGAGAACAGAGCUUGGUUAGACCGAGUCAACAAUCAAUCCACCGAAGAAGCUAUCAGAGCUCAUCUCAACUACUGCCGCGAAGAUUUCUCCGAGAUGAUAGCGUUACGAGGCCGAGACAACGCAUUAAUCAGGACUCGAGGAUGGGAUCCCAGCUCGAUCCCAGCGUCCCAUUACUUAAACCCGAUAGCAAAUCCCCGACCAAGGGACAAUACCCAGAGAGGAUUACCAGCGGAGAGAACUGUAGACAACAACAGAAAUAUAAACGAGAACCGCAACCAAGCGAACCCACCGAACCCUCACAUCAGAAACAGAGCUCAGCGAGUCGAGGAAGAGAACAUACAUCAUCAAGUAAACCCCCAAGUAGAGAGACGCCAUACUAUGAGAGACCCUCCUCGCCACAGACAGGAUCACGAAGACAAUCGAGAGAGAUUCCAAGGACCGAUUCGUACGAGGGCUCCAAGGAGGAAUUGCAAAUGGAGAACUUCAAUCUACUCCGAGAUGGUCAGAAUAGGCCGUUCCCUCCAAGGAACGUAUCAACAUCUCGAGGAAGGAAGAAUUCGUACUCAAAGAGGCAAUCAGAAUGCGCCUCCAGAGAACCAUCGAGACAACCAACAAGGUUGGUAA